AUGGUCGCCAAAAUCGUAGUAUUGGCUCGUGCUCUCGGUGUGCACAUACACGCGAGUGAAGUUCGGGUGGAGCCGUUCAUUCCACAUAGCGUGCUUAGCACUAUCGCGUGGUCUCUCGACGUGGAUGUGGGCGACAUUGUCACUGGACUUGAGGCGUACGACGAGGAAUUCCGAAAGAAGUUCUACUUGCCAGCUGUGUCGGAGGGCAAACGUCUUCACUACGUUGCCUCGAUCGACUUGGCUGAAUUCCCAUCGAUCCAAGCCACGAUUCGGCCUCUGCUUGUCAGCGAAGCUCACCCAGUGUUUUACACCAAGGACAAUGAAAUCGCUCUUGGUGUCUCCUCCAUGCAGUACCCGAAUCCACUAGUUCUCAAGGGCUCUGGGACGGGUGCUCCCGCUAGUGCUACUGGCGUCCUCCGUGACGUCCUUACAAUUCUCCAUUCGCUCAGUGGGAAGAAUGUCCACGUUUAA